AUGGGUGCUCUUGACUAUCUCUCAAACUUUUGCACUGUCACCAGCAUUAGAAGAAGCAAAAGGAAGCCAUUGCAGACAGUUGAGAUUAAAGUGAAAAUGGAUUGUGAUGGAUGUGAGAGAAGAGUCAAGAAUGCUGUCAAAAACAUGAAAGGUGUUACAAACGUGGAAGUCAGACGGAAGCAACACCGAGUUACGGUGAGUGGCUAUGUUGAUCCAAACAAGGUGUUAAAAAGAGUGAAGAACACAGGAAAAAGAGCUGAAUUCUGGCCUUAUAUCCCUUACAAUCUUGUUCAAUAUCCUUAUGUAUCCCAAGCCUAUGACAAAAGAGCACCAUCUGGUUUUGUAAGAAAUGUUGCUCAAGCUGUUCCUGUGCCGAAUGCAUCUGAUGAAACAAUCACAUAUCUCUUCAGUGAUGAUAAUCCCAAUGCUUGUCACAUCAUGUGA